UUAUUAAGUGGCCUUAACCAUCCCAAUGUGGUGAAGUUUAUGUCCGUUUGUCACAAACCUCCAGCCAUGAUGCUAGAAUACGUUUACUUUGAUUUCAAUUUGUUUGGCCUAGACGAAAGCGUGAGUACACUGUCCGAUUUUCUGAUAAAAAUCGACGAGUAUGACAGUGCUGGUUAUCAAGAAAUGGUUUCUCAUGCAGCCACAGAGAUAAUAAGUGGCCUAGCGUAUCUGCACCAAACAGGAAUCGCCCACAGAGACCUCAAAACGGCGAACAUUUUAGUGAGCAACCAACACUACUGCUCUAUGUCAGUAAAGUCGCGUGAUUUACAUGAAAGUUAUCAUGAAAGGCCAAUUGCUUGUAGGCUGACUGAUUUUGGUGAAAGUCGGUCACUAUUCGCUCAGACGCAGCAACUCUAUAGCUCCAAGACCACCACUGUUGAUCGAGGGACAUCGAUGUAUGGUCUACAUGUCACCAGAGCUUCUGGUUGAAGAAAAGCGCUUAACAAAGGCUUCUAUCGCAGAUCUAAUGAUGGCAGACGUCUGGGCCCUGGGUAUGGUUAUCUUUACGCUGCUUAACCCAAGCCUUAAAAGUCCUUACAUCUUAGAAAUGAGAUCAGAAGGUGUAAGGAAUCGAGAGCAGCUGAAGAAGUUCAUCACGGAACUUUUACGGAAAGAGAAACUACCACAACACGAUGAAAAGUACGACGUCGAUCGUGCUAGUGUUUGGUUUGCUUUAGAGGAAGUCUGUCAAGGUUGCCUUAAUUUUAACAGGCGUCAG